AUGUCAUCACUUUCCCUUCUUCUCACCCUCUGCCUUCUUCUAACCACCUCUUUCUCCCAAAGCAGCAGGAAAGAACUCAGGAACAAAGAUGAAAAUGUGUUGAGAAAUUCUGUUUAUUAUUCCAACAGAAUUAAUCCCUCCCGUGUUGUCCAAAUCUCAUGGCAACCAAGGCUAUUUCUUUACAAAGGCUUUCUGUCACAUAAGGAGUGUGACUACCUUAUUUCUUUGGCACAUUCUGUUAAAGAUUCGCAUCAAGAUGAUAUUGUCAAGAUGAUUGAAGAAAGGCUUUCAGUUUGGACUUUUCUUCCUAAAGAGAACAGCAAGCCUUUACAAAUAAUGCAAUAUGGGAUUGGGAAGGAUACUCAGAACAUGGAUUAUUUCACAAACAAAACCGAUUUGGUAUUAACCGGACCUUUGAUGGCAACAAUUGUUCUAUAUCUCUCAGAUUCUACUCAAGGGGGUCAAAUUAUCUUUCCCGAAUCAGUGACCAAGAGUAGCAGCUGGUCGAAUUGUGGAAAUACUAGUGACAUUCUCCAACCAGUAAAAGGGAAUGCACUUCUGUUUUUCUCUCUUAACCUAAAUACAUCGCCUGACAGAACUAGCUUCCACGCUCGAUGCCCUGUCCUUAAAGGCGAUAUGUGGUCCGCAGUUAAAUUCUUCUAUGCAAGAUCAGUUAAGGGAGGGGAAAUCUCAACCGCAUCAGAUGUAGAUGAAUGUACUGAUGAGGAUGAUAAUUGUCCCGCUUGGGCGGCUACUGGAGAAUGUCAAGGAAACCCCGUCUUCAUGGUUGGAUCUCCUGAUUACUAUGGUACAUGUAGGAAAAGCUGUAAUGCGUGCUGA